AUGUCGGCUUCGAAAAUCCUCUCAAGAACGGCCAUUCGGGCUGCUUCUACGUCCUCAUCGGCAUCGCCGAUGACCAAGGCCGCUGGGGAUAUAUCGAGUGUGUUCCCAAGCUUGAGACCAGACUAUCAACCAGAGCCUCUCCCCCCGCGAUUCAAAGAUCUGAAAUUGAGAUUUUUUGAGAAGAAUGCGAAAGCGCUCUCGCAGAGCUGGAAGAGAUUGCUUGAAAGUCUUGAGAAGGAGAUUUCUCAGAUCAAGUCUAAAGGGAGUGAUAUCAUCCCAUCCGUUCAGUAUGCGGAUAUUGUAUCCGGCAGAGUCUCGGAUGAGCUUCUUGCUGAGAUUCGCCACCGUGGAACUGCCGUAGUUCGAAAUGUGAUCCAGAAACAGGAAGCUCGAGGGUGGAAAGACCGUAUUGAGGAAUACAUCGCUGCCAACAAAGACCGCGUCAGGGCUUUCCCACCAGACUCGCCCGCAGUAUUCGAGCUCUAUUGGACCCCAUCGCAAGUUGAAGCUCGAGCGCACCCCAACAUGGUCGAAACUCAACGGUUUAUGCAGCGUCUCUGGCAUUCAUCGGAUGCCGCGACUCCGAUUUCCACGAGAUAUCCAUUGACAUACGCAGACCGUUUACGCAUUAGACAGCCAGGAGAUGGCAAAUUUACCCUCGGACCUCACAUUGAUGGCGGUUCGCUCGAGCGGUGGGAGGAUCCCGAGUAUUCGCGCGUCUACACCAAGAUCCUAGAGGGCAAGUGGGAAGAAUACGAUCCCUGGGAUGCGAAGCACCGUGUCUCGGCCAAGAUGGAUAUGUACAACGGAGCCGGUGCAUGCUCUAUGCUGAGAUUCUUCCAGGGCUGGCUCUCGAUGUCCAAGACCGGCCCCGGCGAAGGCACACUGCAUGUCUGUCCCAUGAUUACCCACAGCACUGCUUAUACUAUCUUACGCCCGUUCUUCGACCCGAAGACACAGGAACCCAGCCUGGAUGCCACUUUCCCAGGAGCCGUGCCCGGUGCCUGCCAAGAGUACAAUCCAGUCACACAUCCUCACCUUGACUUGGAGACGACGAUGGUUUCUGUCCCAGAGGUUGAACCUGGUGACUAUGUCGCCUGGCACUGCGACUCGUUGCACUCCGUGGAUAAGGAACACAAUGGCAAGGGAGAUUCCAGUGUUCUCUACAUCCCUGCCACGCCGAUGUGCGAGAUGAAUGUGGACUAUCUGCUCAGACAGCGAGCAGCAGCCGCUGCUUACUCUCCGCCUUGGGAUUUCCCCGGUGCUGGUGGUCCAGGUGAAGCAGGCUUCACUGGUGCGCUGGACUGGUCUUCUGUCAACUCCAAUGGUCUGCAGGCCAUGGGUAUGGGCACCCGGCCUUGGAAAGUCACAGAAGACAUGACAGAGGGGGAGCGGAAGGCUGUGGAAGCUGCGAACAAAGCUUGCUUUGGGCAAUCCUAA